UGCGGCGCAUACGAAGACGUUUUGUCUCACGUGACGUUUGCAGCGGCUUGUGUAGAAAAUACUGUCCACAGUGUCCCCUCCGACUACAGGAAGUGUUUUUAAAAACACACGUGGGACAAUUUUAGUGACAAACGAAGGACAAAUAUAUGACAGCAGAGGACACACUGCAUUUUACUGUAAAACUACGAGAGUACGUGGGGUUGUCUGGUUAGAUCAACCAUGUGGAGAAGAGCAGUGAGUUCAGGCUACAUUUGCUUACAGUGCAGGAGGAGUGUUGCUCCAAAGGCACGUUGGUUCUCACGUGCAGAGCGUACAUUCUGCGCCCCUGUCUUACCUGCGGGCAAGAUUACGCCUCUUCAGGCUGUGGAUUUAUGGAGGAGACACUUUGAGGAGAGAGGAGUGACAGAGCCUGACCACUCCAGUCAGUACAUCAUCGCUCAUUUACUCGGGGCUAAAACCAUUGAAAGCGUUGAGCAGAGGAAGUUGACAGAGUUUCUUAGCAGAGAAAAAACCGAGCAGAUAUGGACGCUCUGCACUCAACGGCUCUCCAGAAUGCCUGUGCAGUACAUCAUUGAGGAGUGGGACUUCAGAGACCUGACACUGAAGAUGAGGCCUCCUGUUUUCAUACCGAGACCCGAGACUGAGGAACUGGUUGAGCUUGUGCUCGCUGAUCUGAAGACUGCGACUGGAGAGCGUGCAGAUGCUCAACACACAUGUUUGGAAGUGGGUUGUGGCUCUGGAGCCAUUUCUCUCAGUCUGCUGUCAUGUCUGCCUCAGCUGCAAGCCGUCGCCUUGGAUCAAAGCCAGGAUGCUGUUGAUUUAACGCGGGAGAAUGCAUUAAGGCUGGGUGUUCAGGACAGAUUACAGACUCAUCAUUUAGAUGUCAUGAAAGAUCCAGAUGUUGUAUUCAGCCUCUGCAGCCCCGUGUCGGCGCUGGUCAGUAAUCCUCCCUACCUGUUCUCGGAGGAUUUGUCGUCGCUGGAGCCAGAAAUUCUCAAGUUUGAAGACCCGGCUGCGUUAGAUGGAGGUACAGACGGUCUGAAUGUGAUCCAACAGAUUUUGACAAUGGCUCCAAAGAUUCUGUCAAAUCAUGGUCGUGUUUAUUUAGAGGUGGACCCCAGACAUCCCCCGCUCAUUUUGCACUGGGUGGAGGCAAACGUGGAAGAGCUGCGUUACGUAGAGACACGGCACGACAUCACCGGCAGGCCUCGAUUCUGUAUCCUUCAGAACGAGGACCAUGAGCUGGAUCAGGAUUGAGAAACUGAGAUCCUCUUACACUGGCUUUAGCUCAGGUUGCCACUGCCUCGGCUCCUCCACCCCCCCUCUGAACUGCUCAGAUUUGAUGGCUGAAAGAAAUCACCAUUUUCUAAACCUGAAAUCUACUUCACGCCACGGUUGUGACUCCUAAUCUGGUAAUAUUUACAAUCACAUCCUGUUCCGCGAGAGAAAUGUGAACGAGUUGGCUCAAAAGCAGGCUCAAAGCUGAAGGUAAUUACCAAGACUUUUCUUAGAACCCUUCCUCUCAGAAUCUCACCCUCCUCCCAGGAAGCAUUCAGCAGUUCUGUGAAUCUGCGGAUGAACGGUCCUCCCCUUAGCUCGUCUAUUCGCUGACUCAGAUGCAGGCUGUACACAUUGUUGAGCGAAAAAAAAAAAAGAAAAGAAAAAAGAACACACAAUGUGGCCUUCACGGCCUCACGCAGUCUGCUUUCACACACUUGGAGC